AUGGCGGACGACAAAAUUACUAAUGUUACCAACGCAAGAGCAGACCUCGACGGUGACAAUGAAGCCCUCAAGGUCAACCCGGGCGAGGUUCAGUCUCAGGGCGUCACCCGCAUGGAGGCCGUCUAUCGCGAAGCCCAGUCUAACCGCAAGUCGCUCUGGCUGAUUGCGAUUUCAGUUCUUGUGUGCGCAUGGGCCUAUUCCUUAGAUUCCUCCACGACCUCGUACUACUCCGUCGACGCCUCUUCCUACUUCAAGCAACACAGCUCGGUAUUGUCGACCCUAUCCAUUGCAACAAGCAUCAUCGGUGCCGUGAGCAAGCCCUUCAUCGCCAAAUUCUCCGAUAUUACGUCGCGCCCAUACACCUAUAUCUUGACACUUUUAUGCUAUGUCAUUGGUUAUAUCAUCGCCGCAACAUGCAAGACCGUUUCCGCGUACAUUGUGGGGGAGGUGUUCGUCGCAAUUGGAAGUUCAGGCCUCGAUCUGACCAACGACAUCAUUGUGGCGGACCUGACCCCCUUGGAGUGGCGUGGCUUUGCCAGCUCAAUGCUCUCGACGCCGUUCAUCAUCAACACCUGGUUUGCGGGUAAGAUCGUUGAUGCUAUCGACAGUCGAGGACAAUGGCGAUGGGGUUACGGCAUGUUUGCCAUCAUCCUGCCCGUGGCACUAGGUCCAGCCGUUGCCACCCUGAUAUACCUUGACCGCAAAGCAAAGAAACAUGGUAUCAUUAACAUUGCUUCAUCGAACGCCGCACGGCGCGCUGCUCGGGACCUUGCCGCAGCCGAAGGGUACGAUGCGCCCAGGGGAGGUGUUGUGGCGCCUGCUGCUACUUCCACGAUGUCCUGGAUGGAAGCCCUCAAGCACAACCUGGAAGAAAUCGACGCGUUUGGUCUGAUUCUGCUGGGCUUCGGCUGGUCCCUGCUGCUCUUGCCGUUCUCUCUCAAAACCUACGCCGACGGUGGGUGGCGUAACCAGUCUCUCAUCGCCAUGAUGAUCGUGGGCGGACUUCUGUUGAUUGCCUACUUUGUCUACGAGCUGAAAUGGGCACGCGUGCCCAGCGCCCCUCGUCGACUCGUCUUCAACAAGACCUUCAUCAUGUCCAUCGUCAUCGACAGUUUCUACAUGCUCGCAGGCAACAUGCGCGGCCUCUACUGGAGCUCCUACGUUUACGUGUCGAAGCCCUGGUCCUACCAAAACUGGGUCUACUACAGCAACACCCUAACGCUCGCGCUCUGCAUCGCAGGGCCGCUCACGGGCCUCCUCCAACGCUGGACCCACCGCUACAAAACCAUCCAGAUCACAGGCCUGUGCAUCAAGAUCAUCGGCAUGGGCCUUCUGCUCAACGGGCCCACCCACCGUGCGACCGCUAACACACCCGCCAUGAUCCUGUCGAUGAUCCUGAUCGGCUUCGGCGGCUCGAUGUCGGUUGUCGGCUCGCGCGUCGCCUCCCAGGCCUCGGUCCCGCACCAGGACGUCGCCCUCGCCAUCUCGCUUCUGUCUCUGUGGUCGAAGAUUGGCAGCGCCAUUGGCUCUGCCAUCGUGGCCGUCAUCUGGGCCGCGCAGAUGCCCAAGCAGCUCCGCGCGCACCUGCCCGCCUCCGCGACCGAGAAGGACGUGCGCAAGCUCUUCGGCAGCCCCAAGUCCAUCCGGACCCUGUAUGCGAUCAAUGACCCCAUGCGCGUCGGCGCCGUCGAGGCGUACCGCCGCACGCUGUAUUACUGCGUGGCGCCUGCGCUGGCCUUGGCGUUCGUGCCCCUGAUCGCCGCGUGGUUUCAGACGGAUUUCUUCCUCGGUAAGGCGCAGAACGCUGUUGUACCGGUGGGGAAUGACGGGUUGGCCUUGAGCGAGGAGGAGCGGGAGAAAGAGAGAGGCAGGGCUGAGGCAAAGGGCAGCAAGAGGGAGGCAUUUUUGAGGUUCUGGGCCGGCAGGUAGAUGGCUCGUUCUCCCUCCUUUGAAUCUGAGGUAGGGAGCGUGGCUUAUAUGGAUAUCCUGUUGUCGCGGAAAAGUUAUCCACUAAUUAUUUUACGGAAAAAAAGGAAACUGCGGCAAAGACAACCGUCUUAUAGGGC